UCGCCGCGGUCACCGCAUGGCGGUCUCGUCCUCCUACUUGAUGGCGGUGUUCGCCCAGGACAGCAAUAGCAGUGGCAGUGCCACCGGGAGCGGCUGCAGUGGCGCAGCCGCCGACUCCGAGGACUCACAGAUGGGCCUGGAAACCCCGGGGACCCAGGGCUGCCCCGGUAGCCAGGGGAGCAGGAGGCGGCCGCCGCGCCAGAAGAUCAACGCUAGGGAGCGCUACAGGACAUUCAAUGUAAAUUCCGCCUACGAGGCCCUGCGGAACCUAAUACCCACGGAACCCAUGAAUCGCAAGCUGUCGAAAAUAGAAAUCAUUCGCCUGGCCAGCAGCUACAUAACGCAUCUGAGUAGCACCCUAGAAACAGGAACGGAAUGCCAGCCGUGUUUGCUACGCAAGUACGCGAAUGAGGGGAUGACCAGACGGAUCAGCAUAUGCACCUUCUGCCUAAAAACCAAAUGAAGUUUUCGAUUUCGGGCAUAUUUAUUCGUAGUCGUACAUUUUUCGUCGUAUCUAUUGCAUUUAAGUUCUUCUUUCGAAAACCACCUUUGAAUUGAGCGCCCAAAGCAGCGCCAUCUAUGGCAACCGUCUGGAAGGAGAACUGAACUGCUUGCGAGGAGUGAACUGCUUUUAGUACACCUUUGUCAUUUCGAUCUCUUCAUAUUUAUUGAAAUUAAAAUAUAAACAGAAUAAAGAACAAAUUAAGGGCACACAA